CCAAUGCAACGACAUUACAAAGCCAACAUCCUCGAAUAUCAAACCAUUAUCAUGCCAUAACCCAAUGAAAAAGGUUGAACUGUUAUGUAAUGGAUGUUUGAAACCCAUUAUGGMCAUGCCGUUUUACAAGUGUGUCAAUGAGGACGAGUCAUGCAACUUUGUUCUACAUGAGUGGUGCACCCGACUACCCAAUCAAGUGGAGAACCACCCAGGUCACCCUCAACAUACUCUCUUUCUCUUACCAAUUGUCCCCCACAAGCCUUUGGGUGUGUUCAAGUGUGUUGUUUGUGACUUAGUAUGCAAUGGAUUCGUCUAUAGUUGUGUAGACUGUGACUACCACGUCGAUGUUACUUGUGCGUUCAUACCUGAAAAGAUAGUACAUGAAGCUCAUCCAAAUCAUCUCAUUUGGAGAGUUCAAUCAAGAUCUCAUGAAAAAAGUUGUCGUUCAUGUGUAUAUUAUUUUUAUGGAAAUGACUUUUCAUUUAGUUGCCGUACUUGUGAUUUUGAUCUACAUCCAGAGUGUGCUUUGUUAUUACCUAAAACAAUUAGGCACAAGUAUGACAAACACCCCUUGAAGUUGAGUUAUUUCCCGAUUGAGAAUCACAAAAGUAAAUAUUUUUGUGAAAUUUGCGAGCAAGAAUUCGAUCCAGAACGUUGGUUUUAUCAUUGUGAUGAGUGUGCSCAAUCUAUACAUUGUGCUUGUGCUCCAAUCAUACUUAAGUCUGAAACUGCUCCGAUCUCAAACCUUCAUCGAAGAAUUUAUAAGUUCGUGAACAUAAAGUUUGGUGGCAUUCAUAGCACUAAAGCUCAUGAACACCCUCUCUCAUUUGUUCAAGGAAUUGAGAGCGAUGGUCGUUGUGAUCGAUGUAAAUGGCCAUUAAAGUAUGAAAUGAUCUUGAAGUGUUCAAAAUGUAAGUUUGCAAUUGAUUAUGAUUGUUAUAGGAGUUUCAAUUAA